AUAGUUUGACAGACGUUUGCUCAGGAUUCUUCCAUUCUCAAAUGAUGAAACACUUCACCUACUUGAUGCUGGCGAUGGUCUGGAUGACCCAGGCUGGAGCUGAAGUCUGUCCUGACGCCUGCAAGUGCUCCAAGAAGUCCGGCCAAGACAAAACCGAGGUCAACUGUCAUAAGAGAGGCCUUCGCUCCUUUCCUUCCCGACUGCCCUCUGAUGCUUGGGUCCUCAAACUGGGCGAGAAUGGCAUCACAGACCUGCAGGCCAACAUUCUGGGAGCGGUUCCAAGGAUCGAAAGUGUAAUCUUGGAACAUAAUGCCAUCAAGUCCAUCCACCGGCAAGCGCUCUCUAGCGCCAAGACGCUAACACUCCUGAACCUUUAUGGCAAUCACAUCAAAUAUCUUCCACCAAGGGGGUUUAAGGCAAGGACAACUGGAAUCACACAGUGAUUGUGUCAUGAUCUUAACAAUGUUGUUUCUUCUAUGUAGGAUCUCUUAAACCUCCGCUUCCUCAUGUUGGGGCAGA